AUGUCCUCUUCACUCGCGGCCUCGGCGUCGAGGACAGCCUCCGCCGCAGCCUCUGCUACGGCUACCGGUGGCAAUCGUGCGGCCCCGCAAGGAGGAAUCCUCGAGGGACUCGAUCCGACUGUCUACAGUCCCAAAAGCCCUUAUGUCCUGUUUAUCAUCCAGGUAAAGAUCAUUCCUCGCCUUGUUCCUGCAAUUGGGGCAGGAAUUAUCAUUAUCUUCUGCCGUAUCCUCCAUUACCCGCUCCAAAAGCUUCGACAACCCAGAGUCAUUGCGGAAGUCAUUGGUGGAGUCAUACUUGGCCCUUCCGUGUUGAUGAGGAUCCCGGGAUUCGAAGAGCACAUCUUUCCGCCCGAAUCUAUGCCGGGCCUGACCCUAGUCGCCAAUCUGGGCUUGAUAUUGUUCCUCUUCUUGGUCGGGCUGGAAGUCAACAUGCGAAUGUUCCUCUCCAAUUGGCGCGUGGCGUUAAGUGUGGGUUUCGCCGGAAUGGUAUUACCUUUUGGGCUGGGCUGCGCCAUCGCAUAUGGUCUGUACCACGAUUUCAGAAGUGACCCUGGAAUUGUGCAUGUUAGUUUUGGUGUCUACGCUUUGUUCAUCGGAACAGCCUUAUCUAUCACAGCUUUUCCAGUCCUAUGCCGUAUCCUUACGGAGCUCAAUAUCCUUCACACCUCCGUUGGCAUCACAGUUCUGGCUGCCGGUGUUGGAAACGACGUUGUCGGCUGGAUUUUACUCGCCCUGUGCGUGGCACUAGUCAACAAUGGUUCGGGAAUCGUAGCACUCUACGUUCUGCUAUGUGCCAUUGGGUGGAUUCUUUUCCUCGUCUUCGCAGUUCGCCCCGUCUUUUUGAUCUACCUGCGACGCUCGGGAAGUCUUCAAAAUGGUCCGUCGCAAGGCGUGAUGGCUGUUACUAUCCUUAUGGUUCUGGCAUCAGCCUUCUUUACCCAAAGCAUUGGAAUCCAUGCCAUUUUUGGAUCUUUCAUUGUCGGGCUCAUCUGUCCUCAUGAAGGUGGAUUCGCCAUUAAACUUACCGAGAAACUUGAAGACCUCAUUUCGGUUCUGUUUUUACCCCUAUAUUUUGCGCUGUCUGGACUUGGGACCAACUUGGGACUGCUAGAUGAUGCUCAGACUUGGGGCUAUGUCAUUGGAGUAAUUGCGAUUGCUUUUGCUGCGAAGAUCAUCGGUGGAACCUUAGCUGCUAGAGCCAACAAGCUCAUGUGGCGUGAAAGUCUCACUAUCGGAUGUUUGAUGAGUUGCAAGGGUCUUGUCGAACUAAUUGUUCUCAAUAUCGGUCUUCAAGCCAAGAUUCUUUCGACGAGAACAUUUACGAUGUUUGUUGUAAUGGCCCUUGUCACCACUGUUGCAACGACACCGCUUGUUAUAGCACUCUUCCCACCCUGGUACCAGAAGAAGCUUGAGGCGUGGAAGAGAGGAGAGAUCGACUGGGAUGGAAAUCGCUUGCUUCAUGGCGGAUCCAGCGGCGCCAGUCCCCAAGAAUCUCUCGACAAGUUUCGUAGUACAGAGGUCCGGAAGCUGCUUGUCUACCUCAGACUUGACAGCCUGCCCAGCCUGUUCACGUUCAUCACUCUACUGGCCAAUGACAGAGCCACUGUCCGCACAAAGGUCCACAAGUCGAAAACCUCUGGGCUUUCCACAGUGCCCGAGGGUGAAACUGCUGAUGGCUCCACUAUGCCAUCGUCCAAGCGUCCUUUCGAGGUCCAUGGUGUACGCAUCUUGGAAUUGACAGAGCGGACGUCUUCGGUCAUGCAGAGCUCAGAGCUGGAUGAUUACCAAGACCCCGUUGUCAAUGCAUUCCGAACUUUUGCACAGCUGAAUAAUGUUGCUGUCUCUGGAGACGUGUCUGUCGUACCUGAGGACUCCUACGCGGAGAGUUUGACCAGUCAGGCGGCGGAUCAUUCCCCGGACCUUGUUCUCAUUCCAUGGAACGAUGUGGACAACUCGGCAGAGUUCGGCCUGCAGCACGAUUCUCUUCCUUCAGGAAGUCAAGACGCUUUCAUUCAAAAAGCGCUUGAGACCGCUACUUGCAAUACAGCAGUCUUCUACAACCGUGGCUUCGGUGGCCCAACAUCAGGUCAAGAGCCCCCUAAGCUCACCCGAACUUUCAGCAACCAUAGUAAGCGAAGCCACCGCGAGCCAGCUGCUGCACCUGUUGUCGAUCGAAGCCAUCAUAUAUUCUUCCCAUUCCUUGGCGGGAAGGACGACCGCGUGGCCCUACGCUUUGUGCUCCAGCUUGCACAGAACAGCAAUAUCACAGUUACCAUCGCCCACUUCAACAGCCCGAUUAAAUCCGAAUCUUUCAAAGAGCCAGAAGUUACGAGCAGUGACGUUUCCUCCGACCUUCAUGCCAAUUCUUCAAAACUCACCAUUCACGAGACAAUUGACACCGAGACCUUGUACGCUACAGCUGCUCAAGACAAAGCGCUCCUGCACACGCUCCGCGAUUCUCUAUCCUCGGACCUGGCUAGCCGUGUUGUGUUUGUGGAUGUAGCUACUACUACUCAUAUUACGGACUGCCUCAGCCAUGCUAGACAGGAAAUCGGGCAAUCUCCUAACAACGCUGGUGAUUUGGUUGUCGUCGGCAGACGUAGCCAUGUGCGCAUCACCGAAGCCUUUCAGACCCACAAUCCGGAGAUGCGAAAGACGCUUGGUCCUAUUGCUGAAGCUAUCAUUUCUGGUGGUGUUAGGGCCAGCGUGUUGGUUCUUAAAGCCGGUGAUCGCGGUCUCGACUCGUAG